CUUAACCGGACCCGUUCCCGAACCACUUAUUAUCCUUUUAAUUCCACUUCCUUUUUAAUCCAACAUGUCGAAAAGAGGAAGAGGAGGUUCCGCAGGAGGAAAAUUCAGGAUCUCCUUGGCUUUGCCAGUUGGAGCAGUAAUAAAUUGCGCUGAUAAUACAGGGGCAAAGAACCUGUAUGUGAUUGCUGUCCACGGUAUUAAAGGACGUUUGAAUAGAAUGCCAGCUGCUGGGGCUGGUGAUAUGUUUGUAGCCACAGUGAAAAAAGGAAAACCAGAACUCCGUAAAAAAGUUAUGCCAGCAGUAGUGGUUAGACAAAGGAAACCAGUGCGGAGGAAGGAUGGGGUUUUCAUUUAUUUUGAAGACAAUGCUGGGGUCAUUGUAAAUGUUAAAGGAGAAAUGAAAGGUUCAGCUAUCACAGGACCUGUUGCAAAAGAAUGUGCAGAUUUAUGGCCCCGUAUAGCAUCAAAUGCCAGUUCAAUAUCAUAAUAAAAUACUGUGGACUGUU